UUUAAGUAGCUCUGCAUAUUUAUUGCCAUGUCCACAGAUGUCAUCGCAACAGAUAAAGAAGAGGUUGCCUUCAAAGACCUGGAUGUGGCCAUUCUCGUGGGCUCCAUGCCAAGAAGAGAAGGCAUGGAGAGAAAAGAUUUACUGAAAGCAAAUGUGAAAAUCUUCAAAUCCCAGGGUGCAGCCUUAGACAAAUACGCCAAGAAGUCAGUUAAGGUUAUUGUUGUGGGUAACCCAGCCAAUACCAACUGCCUGACUGCGUCCAAGUCGGCUCCAUCCAUCCCCAAGGAGAACUUCAGUUGCUUGACUCGUUUGGAUCACAACAGAGCUAAAGCUCAAAUUGCUCUUAAACUUGGUGUGACUGCUAAUGAUGUAAAGAAUGUCAUUAUCUGGGGAAACCAUUCCUCGACUCAGUAUCCAGAUGUCAACCAUGCCAAGGUGAAAUUGCAAGGAAAGGAAGUUGGUGUUUACGAAGCUCUGAAAGAUGACAGCUGGCUCAAGGGAGAAUUUGUCACGACUGUGCAGCAGCGUGGCGCUGCUGUCAUCAAGGCUCGAAAACUAUCCAGUGCAAUGUCUGCUGCAAAAGCCAUCUGUGACCACGUCAGGGACAUCUGGUUUGGAACCCCAGAGGGAGAGUUUGUGUCCAUGGGUGUUAUCUCUGAUGGCAACUCCUAUGGUGUUCCUGAUGAUCUGCUCUACUCAUUCCCUGUUGUAAUCAAGAAUAAGACCUGGAAAUUUGUUGAAGGUCUCCCUAUUAAUGAUUUCUCACGUGAGAAGAUGGAUCUUACUGCAAAGGAACUGACAGAAGAAAAAGAAACUGCUUUUGAAUUUCUUUCCUCUGCCUGACUAGACAAGGAUGUUACUAAGUGCUUCAAAGCUGAAGAAUCUAAAUGUCGUCUUUGACUCAAGUACCAAAUAAUAGUAAUGCUCACUUAAAUUACUUGUGAAAAACAACACAUUUUAAAGAUUAUGUGCUUCUUGGUACAGGUUUGUGAAUGAUAGUUUAUCAUCAUGCUGUUAGUAUGCAUUCUAAAUAAAUAUAUACCCAAAUGAAA